GUUCCCUUCCCCUUCAUGCCAACCCUCAAGCCUGCAAAAACAAGGGCGCUCUAGCCAGGACAUAGGCUUCCUGGCGCUCCAGGACCAGGGCCGGGCAGAUGGGAUCCAGCCGACCGCCACCGCGCACCCAGGACUUCUUCCCGGCUCCGGCGCUCUCCCUCUCGCUUGUCCGUCGCCGCCGAUCGACUCGAUCUCUUUAUCUUCCCUCGCAUACUGAGCAACAGGGCAUGGCAUCAGCACGCGCCUUUCAUGCGUGCGUGCAGGGAAGGAGCUGAGGAAACACGCCGUGAUCUUGUGUUGCUUCCUGACAUGCCGUUUUGUUGGUUCGCUGUGCGUGUGCAGGCGGGUGGGUUUGGCCGGAAUGAGCCGGCGGCGUCAGGUGGGGAGGAAGUGGAGUUCGGCGAUGAGGGCGGCGGCGGGAUCAGACUGAGACCAGGCGAGGCGGCGGAGAUCAGCAGCGAGAACACGGCGGCGGGAAGCCAGUCCGGCGGUGCGUGGUCCGGCGGGGAGGAAGCAGCGGGGCAUGGAGACGAUGGGGGCGAUAACAAGAGGAGGAAGAGCUACCACAGGCACAACGCCGAGCAGAUCAAGGCCAUGGAAGCGGUAUUCAAAGAGUCCCCGCAUCCAGACGAGAAGCAGCGGCAGCAGCUCAGCCAGGAGCUCGGCCUCUCCACACGCCAAGUCAAGUUCUGGUUCCAGAACCGGCGAACUCAGAUCAAGGCAACCCAGGAGCGGCACGAGAACGCGCUGCUCAAGUCCGAGCUGGAGAAGCUCCAGGAGGAGAACCGCGCCAUGCGAGAGCUCGCCAAGAAAUCGCCACGCUGUCCAGGCUGCGGCGCCGCCGCCGCGAGCACGGAAGAGCAGCAGCUCCGGCUGGAGAACGCCAUGCUCAGAGCCGAGAUUGAGAGGCUGCUCGGAACCCUGGGAAACCCCGCCGCUGACAAGCUCGCCGCCCCGGCCUCGCCGUCGCGCUCGGCUCGCGCCAUCCAGCCGAUCGGCAGUGGGAGCGGGAGCGUAGCCGACGGCUGCGGUGGCGUCGUCGGCCUUUCGGGACACGACAGAACGAGGAUCCUGGAGCUGGCCGGCCGCGCGCUGUGCGAGCUGACGACGAUGUGCUCCUCCGGGGAGCCGCUCUGGGUGCGCAGCGUCGAGACCGGCCGCGACGUCCUGAACUACGACGAGCACGUGCGGCUGUUCCAGUGCGGCGAUGAUCCCGCCGGCGACCAGCGGGCCGGGUGGUCGGUUGAGGUGUCGAGGGAAACCGGGGUUGUUUACCUCGACACGACGCAGCUCGUGAAUGCUUUCAUGGACGUGAACCAAUGGAUGGAGCUGUUUCCUACCAUGAUCUCGAAGGCCGUGACGCUGUCUGUGAUCCGUGCAGGCGAGAACGACGAUAAAGACGGCGUCGUGCAAUUGAUGUUCGCAGAGGUUCAGACGCUGACACCACUGGUACCAACAAGGGAGGUCCACUUCCUUCGCCACUGCAAGAAACUUACUGCGGACAAAUGGGCCGUCGUCGAUGUCUCCCUCGACGACGUUGAACCGGAUGCACAGACGUCGUCGACGGCUUGCAAGUGCUUGAAGAAGCCCUCAGGGUGCGUCAUAGAAGAGCAGACCAACGGCCGUUGCAAGGUGACCUGGGUGGAGCACGCCACAUGCCGCAACGCCGCGGUCCCGUCAGUGUACCGGCCGGCGGCCGCGAGCGGCCUGGCGUUCGGCGCGAGGCGCUGGGUGGCGGCGCUCAGGCUCCAGUGCGAGCGGAUGGUCUUCUCGAUGGCGACCAACAUUCCGACAAGGGACUCAACCGGUGUCGCCACACUGGCAGGCAGGCGGAGCGUCCUGAAGCUCGCGCACCGGAUGGCAUCGAGCCUGUGCCGCGUCAUCGGCGGAUCGCGGGACCUGGCAUGGAGCGGAGUGGCGUCGAACCGCGGCGGCGGCGGCGCUGGCCACGGCGUCCGCGUGACGUCGCGGAGGAACGUCGGCGACCCUGGCGAGCCGCAGGGGCUGAUCGCCUGCGCCGUGCUGUCGGCGUGGCUGCCGGUGAACCCGGCGGCUCUCUUCGACUUCCUCAGGGACGAGUCGCGGCGGCACGAGUGGGACGUGAUGCUGCUGCCCGGACGGCCCGUUCGGAGCUGCGUGAGCGUGGCGAAGGGGAAGGACCGCGGCAACUGCGUCACGGCAUACGUAGGUUUCCGCUCGUCCCUGACGGAACGGAACCAGGCAAUCAUGUCAUGUCAGUACGUCUCACAUGCCGCUGCUCUCCGGAUGUCAGGCCGCGACAUCACCCGCGGGAGAUCAGGACGGCGAGUGGAUCCUCCAGGACAGCAGCACCAGCCCCUGCGAGUCGACCGUGGCGUACGCGGCCGUCGACGCCGCGGCCCUGCGGCCGGUGAUCGACGGGCACGACUCGAGCGGCGUGGCCGUCCUGCCGUGCGGCUUCGCGGUGAUGCCGGACGGGCUGGAGUCCAGGCCCGCGGUGUUCACGUCGUGCCGGAAGGAGGAGGAGGACAGGUCAGCGGCAGAGGCCGGCGGGGCGCUGGUCACCGUGGCGUUCCAGGCGCUGGCCAGCCCGUCGCCGCCGGACGCGGCGGAGACCGUGGCGGGCCUGGCGGCGUGCGCGCUGGGCAACAUCAAGAGAGCGCUGCGGUGCGGGGGUCGUUGAUCUACCCGAGGCGUGGCACGGGAAUCGAAUCGAAUCGAACGCAAAGAGCCAAAAGAAACAUGCCUCUCCCUCCCGUCGUUGCAUGCAUGCAUGUGGGGUGCAACAACCUUUUCGGGCUCGUAUAUUCGACGUGACGCCGUACUUCUUGGACGAGUCAUUGUACAGAA